AUGGCCUUACCUCAGCCGACCAAUUCGGAGAAGACAAUCCGUAAAAUUGACAUUGCUCAGGUGUCCCUCAGUCUUCAAGAUCGCCUGGGUCUCGCCAAAGUCAAAUACCAGAACGGCCGUCUGCACGCCCUAGACCAGAAUGGUAGCCGACAUAUCUCUCUAGGGAGUGACAAGCCUUCGGAUUCGUCGUCGGAAAUCUCGCAGAGUCGCUGCGAGACCCCCAUAACCUCGCCUCCCUUGCGAACCUCCACCUAUUCCAAGGAACUGCCUAGGUCGUCCCGCAACCGACAUGCAGCCACCUUCAACUCCAAAGUGAUGCAGCCCAUGCUGUCCGCCAGUCGAAAACGUCUUCGGUCGGAUUCCAUAACAGACCGUACCGUGAAGGCUCCACGGGUGUCGUGGAAGAGCUCGUGUCAUCUGCCCGAGUCCUCUCCGGGGAUGAACCGUCAUCUUGCCAGCCGACACCAUCCGUUACCCUUUAUUUCGGAGACGGCGACCAUUCCCGAAUUCUCUUCGCCUGCAUAUCAUCAUCUGUCCGAUGACGACAACGAUCCGGAUCUCCCGGUACACAGCUUCCAGAAUGUCAGCUCCAUGGUGGGCUCGUCGCCGCCUCAGACUCCGCCGCCGAAGCAUGCUCGCCUGUCACGCAAUGACCGAAAUCUCCGGCACGAAGACGGGGCAGAUCUGCUGCUGUACUUGGCGAACUCUCCAACGCCCGCCACCGUCUCUGCCAAACCUCAACCCCGGGAUUUCCCUCCGUCGACCCCUCCCAGCCAGCACGCCGUUCUGCCGGGACUCACUCCGACUCCCGGAGGAGUCUUCGCCAAUUUCGGCACCCCCAAUCAGCAGUUCAACUUUGCUGAUUUUGUCAACGUGACUCCAAGCCCGGCACAGCCUGCGUUUGGGGGUCGUACGCCCGGAGGGCCUUCCAGAACACCUCUGACCGCCAAAGACAGAAGGAGGUCCAACCUGGACAACCUGUUGCCGCCCGGGGCGGACAGCCCCAAGAACCGCGUUAAGGAUGCCAGCAAAAUCUUGCAGCUUGGCGGAGAGCUGCGACCGUAA